CCCCCCCUCCACACCGCGAUGGACAGGGAGCUGAACUUAAACCGGGCGGAAACCUUCUCCUUCAUCAACCCCUGGAUCCGAUACUUCCUCUUCUUCUUCAGCUUCUUAUUUUGGGUCUUCUCUUUGCUGAUAAUCGCAAUAGGAGUGUAUGCCAAAGUCCAGAAGGCUACAGACACGGUCCGUGACACAUUCCUGAUCGACCCAGCGAUCAUCUUGAUCGGGGUGGGGGUGGUCAUGUUCUUCAUCACCUUCUGCGGCUGCAUAGGAGCGCUCCGGGAGAACAUCCGCCUCCUCAAAACCUUCUCCCUCAGUCUGACCCUGGUGUUUCUCACUCAACUGGCCAUUGCAGUGCUGGGCUUCUUCUACUCUGACCAGACGCGGGAUGCCCUGGGGAAGUUUGUGAAGAAGGCCAUUGUGCACUACAGGGACGACCUCGACCUGCAGAACCUAAUGGACUACAUACAGAAGGAGUUUAAGUGCUGCGGGUGGAACAACUACACCGACUGGUCGUGGAACCUGUACUUCAACUGCACCCCGGAGAACCCCAGCACCGAACGGUGCGCUGUUCCCUUCUCCUGCUGUGCGCCCAUACCGGGAGAGGUUGUGAUCAACACCAUGUGCGGAUUCGGGGUCCAGACCCAGAACUAUCUGGAUGCAACCAAGUCCAUCUACCCAGUGGGGUGUGCGGACAAGGCGGUCACGUGGAUAGAGUCCCACCUGCUACUGGUGGGGGCCCUGGCUCUCGGACUCGCACUCCCCCAGAUUGCAGGCAUUGUGCUGUCCCAGAUCCUGAUUGCCCAAAUCCAGGAUGAGAUCAGCUCGGUCUUGUGAGGUCAACCUGGAAGCGACCUGGAACAAACUGGACCGCAGUACCUGAGAGUGAGAUGGCUGAUGCCAUCUUAAUAAUAUGUCUCAGACACAUUUAGUACACGUAUAGUGCCAAACUAAACACAGAGAACAGUUGAAAUUGGAAAUAUGUUUUUAUUGGAGCUGUUACAUAUAAUCAAAUUAUGACUGUAUAUUUGUGUUAACAUUCUGAAUUGAUUUUGAUUUUGCUUUUUUUUAAUGGUUUGUAAGUGUUUAUUAAUAAAAUGCUGGUC